GUGCUUCUGAAAACUUUCAUCAUCAUCCGGGUUACUUCUGGUCACAGAGAGGAUCCAAGAUGGCGACUCACAUGUCGAGGUAUAGAAGCUGGAGUCGUGUUCAAAGGUUUGGGAUCGCAGCUUACAGAAAGUACAGCAAUGGCGGCCGAUACCCAAAUAUCUCCCUCUCUGCACCGCUGCCUGGGAUCCCCAAGCCAGUGUUUGCAUCUGUACAUGGUCAGGAAAAAUAUGAGACCAAGAUCACUAUUCUAGAAAAUGGCCUCAAAGUCGCCUCCCAAAACAAGUUUGGUCAAUUCUGCACAGUUGGAAUUUUAGUAAAUUCUGGAUCCAGACAUGAAGCAAAGUAUCCGAGUGGAAUAGCUCACUUCAUAGAGAAACUCGCCUUUUCUUCCACAGCUCAGUACGGGAGUAAAGAUGAAAUUCUCCUCACGUUGGAAAAACACGGAGGGAUAUGUGACUGCCAAACAUCAAGGGAUACCACCAUGUAUGCAGUGUCUGCUGAAGUUAAGGGUCUGGACACAGUGGUCAGUCUUCUCUCUGAUGCUGUUCUACAGCCUCGCCUGCUGGAUGAUGAAAUUGAGAUGACCAGAAUGGCGGUACGCUUUGAGUUAGAAGAUCUAAACAUGAGGCCAGACCCUGAACCUUUACUCACUGAGAUGAUCCAUGCUGCCGCAUAUCGAGGAAACACGGUUGGACUGCCUCGCUUUUGUCCUGUAGACAACGUGGACAAGAUUGACAAGAAAGUGCUUCACAGCUACCUGCGUAACUACUACUGUCCCAAACGGAUGGUGCUGGCUGGAGUGGGCAUCGAGCACGAGCAGCUGGUUGAAUGUGCCAGGAAAUACCUGCUGGAUGCGAAGCCGGUGUGGGGAACAAGUGCAGUGGCCAACGUGGACCUCUCUGUAGCACAGUACACUGGUGGCAUCGUCAAGAUGGAGAAGGAUAUGUCAGACGUGAGCCUUGGCCCCACCCCGAUCCCAGAGCUCACCCACAUUAUGAUCGGCCUGGAGAGCUGCUCCUUCCUGGAGGAAGACUUCAUCCCAUUCGCGGUGCUCAACAUGAUGAUGGGUGGAGGAGGCUCCUUUUCUGCAGGAGGACCCGGAAAAGGCAUGUUCACCCGCCUAUAUCUGAACGUGCUCAACAGGCAUCAUUGGAUGUACAAUGCCACCUCCUACCAUCAUAGCUAUGAGGACAGCGGUCUGCUGUGUAUCCAUGCCAGUGCAGACCCCAGACAGGUGCGAGAAAUGGUGGAGAUAAUAACAAGAGAGUUCAUUCAGAUGGCUAGCAACGCAGGAGAGAUGGAGCUGGAGAGGGCCAAGACUCAGCUCAAGUCAAUGUUGAUGAUGAACCUCGAGUCGCGGCCGGUUAUUUUUGAAGAUGUUGGUCGCCAGGUUCUCUCCACAGGAAAGAGAAAGCUGCCACAUGAACUGUGUGAUCUAAUAAGCAACGUGACAGCCAGUGAUAUUAAGAGAGUAACCACUAAGAUGCUGCGCAGUAAGCCCGCAGUAGCAGCUCUGGGAGACCUGACGGAGCUGCCCUCAUACGAACACAUCCAGGCCGCUCUGUCCAGCAAAGACGGACGUCUGCCCCGCAUGUAUCGCCUCUUCCGAUAGAACCCCGUGGCCAUCGAGCCGGGUCGUCGCUGGCAAACAUCGCUGUAAAUAAACUGGACUGGAUUACACUAGUGUUCCCUCCCACCACAGAACUCAACACAGCUCACUGUGGGAGGGGACUAAUACCCGGGCUCUUGACUGAACCUCUGAGAGUGGGGAUUUUAAAGAAAAGUUGCAUUUUACUCUACAGUAACCGUAGUCUACAUACAGUUGGAGCAUCUGUGUUUGUUGUUUGUGGGCAGGAAAGCCAUAUUUCAUUAUGUACCAGGGUGGUUUGCAGGAGUUUGGUUUUAAAAGGACAAUUCACCCCAAAGCCAAAAUUAGAGUGUUAGUUUCUAAUUUGAAAACCUAAAUACCAACCUGUUACGUUUAAGUCUAUGAAUGAAUGAUAUUACACUGUGAAAGUAAAGCAGCAUAGAGGCAAGAGAAGGGGCGGCUAAUGUCCCCAGCAGUGUCUAAACUAUUAUUUUUAUUGAGCUAUUAUUUUUCUCUGCUUGCAAACCCUCAGCUCUCUAAAAUUUACAGAGCUCCACAUCGAUCCUUCUCUUUUCAUAGAGUGGAUGGAUCAGAAAACAGUUUCAAAUCUUACAAUUUAUACAACACAGCACUUCAUAGUCUCGCUACACAUGCACAGAAGACUCUACACAACCCGAGGGGUUAACAGAUUAAUAAAGGCAUCCUUGGAAGUUUUUGGAUAAAUGUGACAAACCUUACAACUGUAGCAAAUUUGUCCUCAAGAAGAUUGAAAUCAUGGU